AAAAAAGAAAAAGAAAAAAAAAAAAAUCCAGGCCAAAAUUUUCCGACUUAGAUGCAUUUAUCUCACUUUCUUCCAUUUUUCCCAUAUCCAAUCCCCAGGAUUCGAAGCUAAAUCCACACACCUCUAAUGGCCUCUCUGGCAUCGGGAAUCUCCAAUUUUCCGCUCCUUCAUUGAUCAUUUCUUCCAUCUUCAUCGUGUUUUCGACCAGAAAGCCGGCCAAUUCAUGUCUCUCAAGAGCAUCAUUCAAGAUAUGAGGUCCCGCUCCCGCUGUGUGGUGCAGGACGGCACGGCGCCGGAGCCAACGGACGGCCUCGUCCAGAGCUGCUGGGCCAAUAUGCCUCAGGAGCUUCUCAGGGAGGUUCUAAUGAGAAUCGAGGCAUCGGAGACUUCUUGGCCACGGAGGAAGAGUGUCGUCGCUUGCGCCGGAGUAUGCCGGAGCUGGCGGGCCAUCACUAAAGAGAUCGUCAAAACGCCGGAGGUUUCCGGCAAGUUAACGUUCCCGAUCUCUAUCAAGCAGCCUGGUCCAAGGGAUCCUCUUCUACAGUGUUUCAUAAAGCGAAACAGAUCCAAUCAAACUUAUUAUCUAUUCCUCAGUUUGACUAAUGCACUAAAUGAUGAUGGUAAGUUUCUUCUUGCUGCUCGGAAAUGCAAGCGACCGACCUACACAGACUAUAUUAUCUCUUUACACGCUGAGGAUUUGUCGAAAGGGAGCAGCACCUAUGUCGGGAAGUUGAGAUCUAAUUUCCUAGGAACUAAGUUCACAAUCUUUGACGGGCAACCCCCACAUUCGGGAGCGAAGAUCACAAAAAGUCGCUCCACGAGGCUUGUGAAUUUGAAACAAGUUUCUCCCAAAUUCCCUGCUGGGAACUAUCCAGUUGCUCACAUUUCGUAUGAACUAAAUGUAUUGGGAUCAAGGGGUCCGAGGAGAAUGCAGUGUAUCAUGGACGCUAUUCCCGCUUCUGCGGUUGAACCUGGAGGAGUGGCUCCGACACCGACCGAGCUCUCGUUGAGCAAUGUGGAACUGUUUCCAUCGUUCCCGUUCCUAAGGUCGAAAUCAAAUGCAGAUAGCUUGCUUUCUGAACCAUUAGCUAGUCAGAAAGAUGAAAUGCUGGUGCUGAGAAACAAGACUCCCAGGUGGCACGAGCAGCUUCAAUGCUGGUGUUUGAAUUUUCAUGGACGAGUUACAAUUGCUUCCGUGAAAAAUUUUCAACUCGUCGCUUCUUCGGAAACCGAACCUCCUUCACAAGAACAAGAGAAGAUCAUCCUUCAGUUUGGAAAAGUGGGGAAGGAUUUAUUCACCAUGGAUUUUCGUUACCCGAUCUCGACUUUCCAGGCUUUUGCUAUCUGCCUCAGCAGCUUUGACACCAAGAUUGCUUGUGAAUGACAGCCCCAUCAUUUAACAGGGAAGGGAUGCUCAAUUGGAUGCUCUACUAAUGGCUUCAGG